AUGCCAGGGAACUCCGGAACAGACACUAUAGAGGCUGGGGAACCCACUAUGGAGCAAUUAGACCAAGAAAUUACGCUUCAAUUGCAGAAGAUCGAUUCCAACCUGAGUUGCUGUUUUAACAAAAUUACUAAGGAGAUCAUUCCACAUGUUACACGGUACGGAGCGGUAUGUGAAGAUACACUGAGUUCGUGUAGCUGGCUUAAAGAGAUGUUCCAGAAGAGUGCGGAUGUGCAGCUGUUGAAGGAGGGCGCGUUGGAGGAGGAAGAGGGGAAGGCUGGUGACGGUCAGCCAGGGGCUACAGAGUCGAUAUUUCCCGCGGACGAAGCGCUGGCAGCUGCAGUGGCGCGGGUUAAGGAAAACGUAGACGUGACUACGACCGGGCAGGUGCUCGCCAUCCCGCUGUCCAGCGAUGAGGACGAGGUCGACGCGGUGUCCGACAAGGUCACGUGUGCAGAAGACCAGGACGAUAAUAGCACCCUACAGCGACAGCAGAAGCGCCGCAAGCUAUCCUUAAUGCUGCAGCAGCGGUACGGGUCGUCAUCGUCCUCGUUUGUCUCCCGGUCGCCGACGAUGGAGCGAACCUUCCCACGCCUCGCCGGCAGCUCGCCCAAUCGCGAUGCACACGCGGACAAUGUAUCAGGGAGGCAAGAUGAGUCCACCAAGGAGGUCCAACCGCCGACCAGAACCGUCAUCCGCUUCCAAACUGAAGAGGGAACCUAA